AUGGCGAGCUAUUCAGACAACGGAUGGCUCAACACAAGCAUAGCUCUAGGUUUAGCCCUGGAGCUAGAGCUUCCAGAAGCCGUAGAGCAGCUCAUGGCGAGGACGGUUGGGGCAAGCAUCGAGAGAUAUGCGAAAGGAGUGGACGAGGAAGAGAAGCGACUAUUCCGGCUGACAAGAACCUGGUACGGUGUGCUUAAUCUGGACCACAUAUUCUCCCUUGACGGCGGUAAAAAGCCUGCAGUAACUCCCGCUAGCUCCCCUCGCCGGCUAAGGGCCCUUCUAAGUCAUCCUCAGAGGACGCCUGUAGAUCUCCGACUCUUCGCCCAGGUGGAACUCAACGCUAUGCGGUCAUCGAUGCUAGAAAAUCUCCCCCGCAUCUCCGACUUCUCCAUGGACACUGAGGAGGAAGCCGAGCUCGCGUCCGUCAUCCGUGGUGCACGCAUUGACCUCGACCUCUGGCUCGAAGAAUGGAACAGCAUCAUUCAAAAGCACAGCCACGAGGCCGACUCGGACACAAACGUCACACUCUUGAACUUACAAAUCCAGCAUGAAUGGGCGCUCAUAACCCUGCAUUUGAAGGCAAUUUCAAUGAUGGGCGUCGAGAACCUAGCCCUGAUGACUGACAAGCAGCGCAACAUCAUCCUCGCAGCAAAGGAAGCCGCAGAGCGGCAUCUUGAGCUCUUACUCCACGCCUCCUCGGCCAACGAAGGCGACUUUUCCUCCCCGGCCUCCGAGCGCACUUACCUGGCCAGCUUCAAGUGGACGAUGGACUUUGUGUGGGCGAAGUGCGCGUUCUCCGUACUUCUUGUCCUCCGGUUAUCCAUGCUGCUGCGAGACCCACCAGAGCGUCUCAUGCAGUUGUUGCGCCAAGCUCACGAGCUGCUUGAGGAGCUGGAGCGCGGGACCGGCGGGCAGAUAGCCUACUUCCAGAUCCUAGCCGUCAGUGUGGAGAAGUGUGAGAAAGCGCUCAGAGAGCACAUGAGGCAGAAGGAGCUGCAACAACAAUGCGAGAGCGGCAACGGAGUAGGCGGAACGGCUGCUUUCGCAGCCACGCCAGGCGAUCUGGGCGACAGGCACAACGAUGGCAAUGCUGGUACUCCGGGGAACAACGACGCUGAGCAGGACUUCCAGGCGUACGCCCCGAGGGAGCUGCUGCUGCAGUGGGAUUUUCCGGGCCUGAAUCUGAGAUACAUACCGAUUGGCUGGCAGGAUCUUCUUAUGGACUUCGACACCAUGUUCUAG